AUGGGUGACAGCAAUAAUAAUGCUCUUCCAAAAGGUUCUCUGGCUGGUGAACCCUGCCGAGCGACUCUGUUGAUUGUUCCUCAGCAAUUGUUGAUAAACCACUGGAUGAGGGAGAUUGAUAAGUACUUCAAAGGUGGCCUGAAAGCGAUAGUAUAUCAUGGUCGAGCACGAAGGAAAUUAGUUACUGGUAUUGAGCAUCCUGAUGUUGUGAUCACCACCUAUAACACACUAGCAAGGGAGCACGACAACAAAUUACUUGGCAAAGGGCAAAGCCCACUACACGAUUUCCUUUGGUACAGAAUAGUUCUAGAUGAAGCACAUAUCAUCCGUCGCCCUGAAACUACCUUCCACAAGGCCGUAUCCAGCCUUUCAGCUAACAGUCGAUGGUGUCUUUCAGGAGCACCCAUUCAGAAUAGCCUAGCCGAUCUGGCAUCUCUAUUGGUCUUUUUGAAAAUUCGACCCUUUCACGAGGCAAGAACCUUCCGACACUGGAUAGGAAAGCCAUUCGAGAGGAAGGAAACCAUACAAAGAGCAGUUCAAAGACUCACCACUCUUCUGAACGCCAUAUGCCUCCGAAGGACAAUAGAGCGUGUUGAGCUACCAGGUAAGAAGCAGGAAACUCCAAUUGUGGAAUUCUCAUCCGAGGAGCGUGCACAGUACGAGCGUAAAUCUUCGACCAUGCAACGGUUUAUUCAGCAGCAGGCUGGAGAGUACAACGAGGAAAGAGUAUUUGGAAUUUUCCAAGUCUAUCUACAGUUGAGAAGCCUCUGCAACCAUGGAGCAUACCAACGAGAGCUCGCAUGGGUCCCAAGGGAUCUACUGGAUGAAGAAGCAGAGCCGGUCCGUUCAAUUUCUCGGGAUGACGACGCAAGUAUUCCGAAAAUUGCAGACACAACCUUUGUGAUGAAUGUGCCCAAGGACGUCCUCAAGCGACUAGUUCUGCUGGAGAAUUUCAUUGCCCUCUAUGCAAAUCGCUUCAAGGAUUCCAGCUCAGUGGUGCCCCUUUGCCUGUCUUCGAAGAUGCGAGCGCUCCUAGGUGAUGUACAAAAUGGCCUGGAGCAGAAUAAAAGUAUUAUAUUCUCAUGCUGGACGAGAACGCUUGAUCUCAUAGCAAGGCACUUCCUUGAAGCUGGAAUACGGUUUGAACGUAUUGAUGGCAAAACCAAACCACCGCAGCGCCAGGCAAUCCUUGACUCUUUCAACAAUAGUUCUCGGGUCCCUGUAUUGAUUAUGACAACAGGCACAUGCGCCUUUGGAUUUAACAUUCAAUCCGCAAAUCGCAUUUUCAUUGUUGAGCCGCAAUGGAACCCGACUGUAGAAGACCAGGCAAUAUCGCGAGCCAUUCGUCUUGGUCAGAGGCAACAGGUCUUGGUCAUUCGUUACCAUGUCAAGAAUAGCAUUGAAGAUGACAUGUGCACGCAGCAAGCAAAUAAGCUCAAGAUCAGCAAAAUGGACUUGAGAAUUGAAACAAUAUCCGUUCCACAAGAAUCCACUGCUACGACUACUAGGUAG